AUGGCCGCCGACGGCACGGCCCGAUGGACGGUCCAGGGUAACAUCGCCAGCAACCCCGACCACUUCCUGGUGGACACCGGCGACGGCUCGCCUCGCUUCCGGCUGAACGGCACACAAGCGGUGGACGGCAGUGUCGACUUCAGCAGCCAGCUCACCUUUCUCGCCCCCGGCGACUACACGGUGGCGGUGCUGACGGUCGGUGGUGCCGCGGCCGCCUCCAACAGCACCUCCGUCACGGUGCAGAGCGCCAGCCUGCUGACCUCGCUGACCUGUCCACCGCUGGUGGUGCCCGACCAGCAGUACCACUGCCUCGCCUCGGCGUCCGGCUCCGCUGUGCAGCUCUCCGCCACCUUCAGCGACGAGGGCACGGCUGUCACGCUGGUGGCGCCCACUGCGCCCUGGACCCGUGUCGGCCGUGCGCCGCCUCAGGGCGACACCGGGCCAGAGGUGAAGCUGGCCGGCGGCGAGCAGCAGGUGACACUUCGUCAACCGUUCGUGGAUCGCACCCUCCUGCGCGCGCUGCGAUGGUACGGCGCCACUGACGGCACGUGCGAACUCACGCUGAUGGCGGGCAGCUGCAGCGGGACGGGCGAGCUGUUCUGUGCUAGUUCGGGCCGCUGCACUACCUACUGCCCGCUGCUGCCCGACUCCAGGAACCUGACCUGCGAUGCCAGCCAGCCGACGCUCUGCGCCUUGUCUGGGCAGUGUUCAACGGAUGGGACCGGCUCUGGCACGUGUACCGCUACAUCCGCGCCGAUGUGGACUGCAUCUUCGCUGCCCGGUGUACCGUUCUCUACCGCCGCUGGCGCCUACGGUCACCUGGUGCUCACCACCGAGAUGUGGGCCGAAGUCGGCCACUUUGCUCAGGUCACAUGCACAACCGGAUCUUUGGCACACCUCAGCACCUCAGCUGGAGCAGGUGACUUUGGUUCGUCAGAAGAUAAACAGUACCUGGUCGAGGUGGUGGGCAUCCCCGAGGCCCCCAUCGGCAUCCCACACACCUGCGGUGGCAUGGGCAACAUCACGCUGGCCAUACCGUCAGACAGUUCGGCGGCCAGUACCCUAAGCGCGGUGACGUCGUGCGAAGUGCCGAUCGAGAACAUCACCAUGGCGGUGGCGCAGAAGGGCGCGCCGGUGGUCGCCGAGUCGUCGCCACCGACCACUGUCGCCUUCUGCGGCGAGUUUGUGGUGGAGGCGCUCGAGCCGGUAACAAUCCAGGUGCAGAUCGCGCAGGGCGCGCCCGUCCUGCUGGACUACGAUUUCGGCACAGCCAACAUUCCCAGCGUCUCGGAGGCGGUUGACCGGCCUGUGUUAGCGGCCGAGACGUUUGAACAGACCGUCUCGUACGCGGCUUCGGGCGUGUACACGGUGCGUGUGACGGGUCGGAACCAGCAUUCGGACCCCGUCCGCGCCGACCUUCUGCGCACUCACGCUGAUCGUGCAGCAUCCGGUCAAACCCGACUGGCAGCUUAUCAACACAACUGA